ACACACACGCGGGGUUUCACUUCCAUCAGGCUUAACUUGUUUAAUGAACAACCUGGCUCAUUUAACCGACGAUGCAACCGUCCCGUGAACGCAUUAAUACGUCAGAGAAAAUCACAACGAUCUCUACAGCCCCUGAACGCGGCACCAGGCCAAAGCAGCCGCUCAUCGAGGUUUGUUGUCAAUGACAGUUACCUGCUAGCUAAAGUCAUGGCGCUGCUGAAACAAAGUUGCUGUGUCGCCGGCCGUUUUUCCGCAAACCAUCUAUGGCCGAGUCCCAGAUCCGUCCCACACGUUUACACCCGCAGUCUGACCACUGCGGCCGAGUCCUCCGCAGACCCGACCGGCAGAAAGAAGGAGCUUCUGGGCGACGACGGGCCCGAUCUACAGGACUUUAUUUCAGGGGAAUUAUCGGAGAAGAGCAAGUGGGAAGAGUACAAAGGCAACCUGAAGAGGGGGAAGGGAGAGAGGUGAGGCAACCGAGAUAUCGUGGCAAACAAGGACUGAGGCUUCCUCCAUGGCUGAAGACCGAGAUCCCCAUCGGGAAGAACUUCAACCGGCUGAAGAACACGCUGAGAGACCUCAAACUGCACACGGUGUGCGAGGAGGCCAGGUGUCCUAACAUCGGGGAAUGCUGGGGAGGAGGAGAAUACGCCACCGCCACAGCCACCAUCAUGCUGAUGGGGGACACGUGUACCCGCGGGUGCAGGUUCUGCUCCAUUAAGACGGCCCGUCGGCCUCCGCCUCUGGACCCGGACGAGCCCUACAACACGGCCAAGGCCAUCGCGGCGUGGGGGCUGGACUACGUGGUUCUCACCUCGGUCGACAGGGAUGAUAUUGCUGACGGAGGUGCAGCUCACUUCGCUAAGACUGUCCACAACCUGAAGGAAAGGGAGUCUCGCAUCCUGGUGGAGUGUCUGACGCCCGAUUUCCGCGGGGACUUGGCAGCGGUAGAGAAGAUCGCCCUGUCUGGGUUGGAUGUGUACGCCCACAACGUGGAGACGGUGCGAGAGCUGCAAAGGUUUGUCCGUGACCCCAGAGCGAACUUUGACCAGUCUCUGAGUGUCCUGAAGCACUCCAAAAAGGUAAAGCCCACCUUACUCACCAAGACCUCCAUCAUGCUGGGACUGGGCGAGACGGACCAGCAGAUCCUCGACACCCUGACCGAGCUGCGAGAGGCAGGAGUGGACUGCCUGACGCUGGGCCAGUACAUGCAGCCCACUAAACGCCACCUGAAGGUGGAGGAGUACGUCACUCCAGAGAGGUUCGCACACUGGGAGAAAGUUGGGAAUGAGAUGGGCUUCGCGUACACAGCCAGCGGGCCGCUGGUGCGAUCCUCGUACAAAGCAGGCGAGUUCUUCCUGAAGAACCUACUGAAGAAGAGGAUAGCAGAGGUCCCUGUGGCGGAAUGAAACUCUGACCCAGCAGCUCCUAGAGGCUUCCUCACCUUAGUCCCGCCCCCAAACACGCUUCUAGUGACAGCUUCGCUGCUGCCGUACCAUAAUGCAUCACAUCACGCUGCAGCACAGGAAACACCGUAACCACACACAUGUAGAAACAGAAAACAAACAGGGGCCGUUCUGUUCUGCGAUCAGAGAGCCUGCAGCGGGUUAAAGGGCUGCAGGUUUCUAGAUAAAUUGUGUGAGAUAAGAGUACAACUUUGUGUUGGCAGAGGUCAUUUUCUAUCUCUGUACCACAGGGCCUGUAAAUCACAUAGACGCCUCCAGACCUCAGGUAGAGAGCGACUGAUCUUUGACCGCUCGCCUCGUUCAUGAACUCUUCCAGUUAAAGAGGGAGUGUUCUUUUUUUUUUUUUGGACUGAGGAUUCCUGCAGCAGCUCCGCGAUUCAAGACGUUUUAGCCUCCUUUUGUCAGACACAGAAGUGUAACGAGUAGGACAUUUUGAUUGCUGUAUGUGACAAAGAAAAUUUGGGCCGAGACUACUUCCUAUUUUGGCUCCACCCUUGGACGUUGUUGGGACAGAAGCAAUCUUUGAUGUACGUUUUCAUUUGAAUAAUAAAGAAGAGUCGGCACAUGUA